AUGUUCAAAACGGCUGCCGGCUACUUCUUCUUUCAGUUAUGUUUGAUCGGCUUUGUAAUCAAUAUGGGAGUCCUUGUCCCUCUGAGAAGAGUUCAGAAAAAUGGAGAUAAAAACUGUGUUUACUUGAUUGCCAUAGUAACGAUUUUGAAUGAUAACAUCAAUUUGUUGGUCAAUCUAUGCUAUUUUGCCCCAUCAAUUAUUUCAGAUAGCUACAUUCUUGCUGAUUCCCCUGAAAAACUCGGACCAAUGCUAAUGACAAGAAUAUCGCAUUUCAGUUGGUACAACACCAUUUUCGUAAUGAUUGUAAUGGCAUUAAAUCGAAUGACACUAGUUGUUUUAAACAAACCUAACAUCUUCACAAAACAGCGUGUUCUAACCUACUUUUUCAUUUCUUCAAUUUUAUCUUUUUCCAAAGUGGUUUUCGAUGUCUUCCUGAUUCCAUGCUGUUUGGUGCUUAUGGAUCAUAAAAAAUAUGGAUGGACUUAUUACAAUCCAAAAAAUAUAAAAAAUUGGGGAGAAUUAAUUGACACAAUUAUGGAAGUUGGAAUUUUUACAGCGACACUCUUAUGCUAUGUUAUAAUUUUCAUAAAAAUCCGAAUUUCAAAUAACUCUGUGGAACAGUCAAUUGACUCAAAACAUUUUCAAAAACUUCGUGCUCGAGAACGAUCGGUUGCGGUACAAUUCGCUUUGGUUUCAAUUUUCUCAAUUAUCAGUUUUGCGUCAUUCAAAGUGGUUCCAAUGAUUUUUGGUAAACUGAAUACUGAAAGUAAUAUUAUCAGUCCAAUUUGUUUUGCUGUUCACUGUUGUGCCAAUGGAUGUAUCUACAUGUUUAUGAAUGAAGAGGUGAAAGACGAAUUAUUGAAGAAAAUAUUCAAGCACAAUGUGGUUCACACGGAAUCCAAUAAUCCAAAUGGAGUGCCAGCAGAAGAUCCCCAAUUAUUUUUUUGAAGAGCUUUGACAAGCUCAGUAUGUGAUGUUAUCUUUGGUUUAUUUUUGCCUAUUUAAUUUUAAUAAAUAACCAUCAAAAAGAACAAAU